AGACCAAGCUGUUAGCCUAGUUUCACAGUCGUAUAAAUUACGCUCCAAGGUUUUCCUUUUUUAGUUGUAAUAAUAUAUUCGAUGCUCUGUUCUCCGACGUAUCUCUUUCGACGAAAUCUUAGUGCGGUUGCUCUUUCUGCUUCUCUGCUUUUGUCUAAGCGUUUAUCACCGAGCUCCAAACAAACCCUCUUGAGUUUUCCUCAGAUUUCGCCAGUUUCUUUGGUUUCACCGUCAAUCGAAACAGGGUUGUCAAGGUCUUUCUUGGGUUGUUUCAGAUUUGAUCAUACUAUGGCUGGCCAAUCUUCCAAGGGGUCAAUCCAUGACUUCACUGUUAAGGAUGCAAGAGGAAAUGAUGUUGAUCUAAGCAUUUACAAGGGCAAGGUCCUCUUGAUUGUCAAUGUUGCAUCACAAUGUGGCUUGACAAAUUCCAACUACACUGAGCUGGGUCAACUGUAUGAGAAAUAUAAAGAUCAAGGUUUGGAGAUUCUGGCAUUCCCAUGUAACCAGUUUGGAGGUCAGGAGCCAGGGAGCAAUGAGCAGAUCUUAGAGUUUGCUUGCACUCGCUUUAAAGCUGAAUAUCCCAUAUUUGAUAAGGUUGAUGUGAAUGGUGAGAAGACUGCUCCCAUAUACAAAUUCCUGAAGUCAAGCAAAGGUGGACUCUUUGGGGACAGCAUCAAGUGGAAUUUUUCCAAGUUCCUAGUCAAUAAAGAGGGCAAUGUUGUUGAUCGUUAUGCUCCCACUACUUCUCCUCUUAGCAUUGAGAAGGAUGUAAAGAAACUGCUGGCUUGAUGCUGGAAGUUGCUUCCUCAGCUCAUAGUGAAUAAAGUAGAUAAUUUUAUGAAUAAAAAGCUAGUAUUACAAGGACGUUUCUCUGUUUUUGUUUCCCAAUCUACAAAGAUGGGUUAGACUGUACUAGAAUUUAGAAGCUGUACCCCUAAUUUACUUAUGGAUAAUUACAUAUUUCGUCCA